UUGAGCAACAUGAAGAUCAUACAGCUUUUAAUCUAUCUGCUCAUAUGGUGUCAAGCUGCAGAGACUUUGUAUCAACUAACAGAUUUGGGACAAAAUGUGACUAUAAACUGUGAUCUGGAUGAAGGAGACAUUUACUGGUUAUUACUGAAAGUACCAGAUCCUCCUGUGAUGAUAUUACACACUUUAUCAACAACAUCUUUAUUCUUCAACACAACAUUCAGACAGAAAUAUUCAGUGCAAUCUAAAAACCAUCUGUUUAUAAAUAACAUCACUGUUAAUGAAUUAGGAGUUUAUUACUGUAUGAAGACAGAUACACCUCCAAAAUUCAGCACUGGCAUCAGACUACAGAUAAAUGAAGAAUCAUCUGAAGUUCAUUGUAUUAAUCAGAAUCAUACAGUAGUGAAGUUCAUUGAACAGAAUCGGACACACUGGAUGAUUAUUAUUCACAUAUCUGCUCUGUUACAUGGUGUUCUGGUCAUUGUGGUCAUUGCUGGUGGAUGUUAUCACUGUGCAAAAAAGCAAACACCUAAAGAUGCAAGAUUACAACAAACUCAGCCUGUAGAACAACUCGAAGAGACAAUGAGCUAUACAUUGUACACUGCAGUGAGCUUUACAUCUUUGUGAAGAGUUUGGACAAGUUGGUCAAGUCAACUGAGCCGCUGCUUUUCCCCUUUAGUUUUUUUCCAAACAUAUAACGCUGACAUACUUGAAUUUGCUGUGAAGUAUACCUUUAUGUUAUACAGUACAAAGUAUAUAUCACAUUUUAAUUCAUUUCACAGUAUACCUGUGUUUAAAGGGAUUGUUAACCCAAAAAUACAAAUUCUUUCGUUAUUUGAUCACCCUCAUGUCAUUUCAAACCUGUAUGACUUUCUUUCUUCUGUAGAACAAAAAUGAAAAUAUUUUGAAGAAUGGUAACUGAACAGCAUUGAUCCCAUUGACUUCCAUUGUAAGGGCACAAAACCAGACAUUUCUCAAAAGAAAUUAUUUUGUGUUCCACUGAAGAAUGAGUACUAUACAGGUUUUAAACUAGGUCGAAUUGAUGAUAACUUGUUUCUUAAUUUUGAGUGAACUAUCCCUUUAAUAGCAUAAUGUACUUGAUAUUGAUUGUGUAAAUGAGUAAACAGUUUGAUUUAAAUCAAACAAA